UCUUCCUCCUGCAGCGUGGCACUCAUCACUCCUCAUACUCGGCUGCUUUGUUGUGGCCACAGCAGCAGCAGCAGCAGCAGCAGCAGCAGCAGGAAGGUUAUGAGGAGGUUAUUCCGCCUCCUGACUGCAGCAGCAUCCUGAGCACUGAGCUGCAGCUGCUGCAGUGAAGCGGCUCUUUACGCGCCGGACGGCUCUUUUGUUUUUCUGCGUCUCUGCGGCUGCAUCAAGGGCAGAAAGCAGCGGGGCGAUACGGGGAUCCAUGAGCGACGCCGCGAGCUGCAGACCGCCUCAGUAUCACGGUCCUGCGGGGGUUCAGUCAUGGAUGCGGGGCGGCUGGAGCAGCAGGUGGCCAGUGUGGACAGAGGCAUCGCCUUCCUGAAGCAGGAGCACCUGGCCAUGCUGACCGGUCUGCAGCUGGAGAUCACUCACCUGAAGAGGCGCUGUCAUGAGCUGAGCUGUGAGCUGGACUCCAGGUUUCCUGACAGAAACACAGAAGAGGAGGAGGCGGAGCUGGCAGCGCGAUGCGAGGCUGCAGAGCGCCUCCUAGAGGACCAGCAGUGCAUGAUGGUCGCGGCGCGUGGGGAGCUGCGGGCCGGCCGGGCGCGAGCGUCGGCGCUCGGGAGGAGCCUCAGGGAAGAGGAGCGAUGUUUCCUGGAGGAGCUGAAACGGCGCAGCCACAAGAUCACGCUGCUGAGUCGCGAGCUGCAGCGGCAGAACGUCAUCACGACGAGCCUCUGCCACGAGCUCCACAGCGCUCGCUUAAAACUGUUCCAGCAGCGGCAGAGCUCGGAGUCUGCCGCGGAGGGAGAGGGGGAGCCCGGAGGGAAGGAGGGAGGAGAAGGAGAGGAAGAGGAGGACGAAGAUGACGACGAAGAAGAAGAAGAAGAAGACGAUGAAGAUUAUGAAGGAGGAGGCUCGGACUGGCUUCUGUCUCCGCCCCCUCCGGCCUCUCCCAGCCAACCAGAAGCGAGACACAAGAGGCGUGUCACCGCGAGAGAGGAGAGGGUCAGAGCCUGCGUCCCACAGGAGAGAGUGACAUCACCACAGAGGCCACACCCCAUGCCUGACCCCGCCCUCUUCUUGGUGCCGCUUAGAUACCGCCUCCUCCGCUUGAGCCAGCCAAUCAGAACGCAGGACGGAGAGGGGCUGGAGGACGAGUGGGAGGAUAUAGAGGACAGCAGGGUGCACAGGAGGGUGGACAUGGGAGCAGGCGAGGGAGAAACCGCUCUGUGAUGAAGACGAACAGACUAAGAUGUCUUCCAGCGGGUCUCAGCCGACGUCAGGCGAACAUCUGAUGCAGUGAUUCUAGGAGAUGUAACCAUGUGAUUGUGUGUAGAUUUCAGGAAGUGAGUUAGAUAUUUAGAGUUAGUUUGCACAAGAGUGUGAGUGAUCAAACCGACACAUGUUGGACUGAACUUGUCACAUUGACAGUUCAGCCUGAGAAGCGUGAGUGUGUUUCAUACGGAUGCCUUUUUGAUUUUAACACCGUCGAUCACGGCUUCUUGCCUGUAAGUAGUCGCCUCGCCUCCGGGUGUAACCAACACUCGCACCGUUACCGUUCAAAGUGGCAGCCUGCUUUUCUCACUGCACCGGCCAUGUUCCAGGUUUGAGAGGUCACUCCAGAAAGGUGUAGGGACAUUUUGUAUGAUUUGCACUUUAUUAAAUUCAUGCAAUGUGCCUGAUAAUGGCAGAGAA